GCUUUCAUGCUUUCAUUUUGUGUUCUUAAUACUAUUUCUUUUAUAUUGAAUAUUUGAAUGACCUGUUCUACUAUUACAGUUUGAACAUGUUUUGUUAUGUCAUGUCUAUUACCAACUUGUAAAAGCAAAUGAAUUGUAUUGAGAACAAAUUUAAAUUAAAAUUCCAACUAAUAUAUAUGGACAUGACAAACUUGUGUGUAUUAGGGGUAUUUAUUGGGGUAUGAAGUUUAUAUACACGCAUGCUUCCGGUAUAUAGAGGUUGAUGCUAAAAUGAUAGUUGAAAGGAUUAGCUGGUAGUAUGCUUUCUGUACGGUGCACUUGCACCUGCACAACUUCAUUCUUCUUCGCUUCUCUUAAUUCUUCUUUCUAUGUCUACAGUUCAAUACAAAGCGAAACACCCUUAAGUGAGAUUAUUACUUGUUAGUUCGAUAUCUUUUUCCUACGCUCCAUUUGAAUCAUUGCUUCUAAGUCACCAUCCAGAAUUGUAAUAUUUGAAUCAUUGCUUCAUUUGCUUGUCACAUCCACCAUGAUCUUGAAUACAACUCCUUGACUUCCCGCAAAACACAUUAAUAUGGCAAAUCAGCAAACUGAUCGUUAAUACGAAAAAAGGAAUCAUUACCUGUACUGUGUGGCAAGAAACAUAGACAAAGUUAAAUACAAUUGGACAUAUUAUGUUACAUUUUAUGAUUUAACUUUAAAUAUUGUUAUAUGAAAAAUCUUCAAUUUGAUGCUAGGUUUCUUAAAGAACAAAGACGUAGAUAGAGUCUACACUUUCUACAAAAUAGUUUCUUGUAAUUUCAUUAUGAUGUACAAGAAAUCGAUUUGUUUGACAGAGGGACUUUGUCAUUUAAUCCUUUUAAUGAUGUUUUCUUUGCAAUAAUGCCAUGAUUGGUCCUACAAGAUCAAUGGCGGGAUCAGGUAGAAUAAACCAAAAUAGGACAGUUCCAGACAUUCGUCCCUUUCCUCCUUUUGUGUUAUUUGAUGAUAUUCAAGAUUUCAAUAACUUACCACACGUAAAGAGUAUCUUUGCGAGGGUAGUUGUUAAGUUCCCUAGGCAUCAUGAUAGUCAACACUUCAUCCUACAGGAUAUCACAGGAUCCAAAAUGGAAGCAAUUUCAAGCCGCAAUAAUGUUCCACGUUUCGAUGCCUUACUCACACAAGGAUGCACAUAUACAUUGUAUAGAGUGGGAUUCUAUCUAAAUAGGGAGGGGAUUCAAUUUCGGAAUAUUGGACAUGGGCUAGAGAUCGGACUGAUAACACAUACUAUUGUGGAGCCAUUCAUUAAGCCAAUCCAAUUUCCUCCAUUUCCAAAGUAUCUUAUGCCAUUCCAUAAGGUGUAUCAACAACCGCAUAAGUCAUUCGUAGACAUUAUUGGCAUAGUUCUUCAUUUAGAGCCAUUAAAGCAUAUCGGUGGAAGGCCGUAUAGAGAGGCUGUACUAAUGGAUUCCAGGUGGGAUCUAAUCGUCGUGGGGGUAUGGACUGACCUCUUGCAAAGAAAUGCUCUACGAUGGUCGUUAGCUAGAGUUGACAAUAACAUAAUUAUUGGAACUAUGCUGCGUCGUAACAAUAAACACAGAUGCUUGGAAACCUCGGAUUACAGAACCGUUCAUUUCAACCCAGAUCAUCACACUACAUACCACUUGAAGACUAUUCGACGUUCGUUGAUUCAAAAUCCAAGGCGUCGUAUCAUCGACAAAUUUCUUGAGAACAGACGGGCACAUCUCACAAUUGUGAUAUCUGAUUGAGACGUGUUCUAGCUUGUUAUAGUAGAUACUUUGUUAGUUAUGAUUUAGAUGAAACUUAGAAGUAAUGAUUUGUUCUCUAUUUUGUAUUAGUCGUGUGUUCGGUCUCAAUGGUGAUCACUUUGUAUAAAACUAUGUGACCUUUCUAUGAGCUAAUAAAUAAGUUCACCAUCAUUAGUCUUCAUUCAUCUUUCUUCAUCACUGUUAGCAUGGUUCUUGAUCUAUACAAGCCUAUGUCA